GAGUUUCCUCAGUGCAUGGACUCUCCGGUAAUUCAUCAGUCGUUCUUUCUCGUGGUAACUGUUGAAGAAGGUGCCUCGCCGCGUCUUCUCAUUCAACAAACAUGGGUUUCGUCAAGGUAAUUAAGAACAAGCAGUACUUCAAGCGUUUCCAAGUUAAAUUCAAGAGGCGUCGUGAAGGUAAAACUGACUACUAUGCGCGUAAACGUUUGACGAUUCAAGAUAAGAACAAAUACAACACUCCCAAGUACCGUCUGAUCGUUCGUUUCUCAAACAAGAACAUCACGUGCCAGGUUGCUUACUCGAGAAUCGAGGGAGACAGAAUCGUCUGCGCUGCCUACAGCCACGAGCUCCCCAAGUACGGAGUAAAAGUUGGACUUACCAACUAUGCUGCCGCCUACUGCACUGGUCUUCUUCUCGCCAGAAGAUUGUUGAAACAAUUGGGUCUGGACAAGCUCUACACCGGAACCACUGAAGUAACUGGUGAUGAAUACAACGUAGAAGAGCUUGAUGACGGACCAGGAGCAUUCAGAUGUUACUUGGAUACUGGACUCAUGCGCACUACCACUGGCGCACGUGUUUUCGGCGCCAUGAAGGGAGCCGUUGAUGGUGGACUCAACAUCCCCCAUAGUACCAAGCGAUUCCCCGGUUACGACAGUGAGUCUAAAUCAUUCAACGCUGACGUCCAUCGCCAACACAUCUUUGCUCAGCACAUCGCUAACUACAUGAAGCAGUUGGAAGAGGAAGACGACGAAGCUUACAAGCGUCAAUUCUCUCAGUACAUCAAGCACGGAAUCGCUGCUGAUGCUAUCGAAGAGAUCUACAAGAAGGCCCAUGCUGCUAUUCGCGCUAAUCCCGAGUUCACACCCAAGGAAAGAACCAAGGAGCCGGUUAAGAAACGCUGGAACCGCGCUAAAUUAUCGCUUUCUGAACGCAAGAACCGCGUCAACCAAAAGAAAGCAUCAUUCCUCAAAAAAAUGGCAGAGGCCGAAGCUUAAAAAGCCGGUCGUAAGCUUGAGUUUUUUGUACCUCAACAAACUUACGUUCACAGUGUCAUAUUUAUAUGUAGUCUGUGAACGAUGGUACGAAAAUGAUAAUAAAAACCUUGAAACGUC